CAACCAAACACCUAAUUUACACACUCCUCCUCUUGAAUCUGCUUUUCUAGUUAGGGUUUUCUUGAGGCGGCUGCAAAUAUCUCAAAAACAAGAUGGUUCUACCGAAUGAUGUUGAUCUGUUGAAUCCACCAGCUGAAUUGGAAAAGAGGAAGCAUAAGCUCAAGCGUCUCGUGCAGUCUCCUAAUUCCUUCUUCAUGGAUGUCAAGUGCCAAGGCUGUUUCAAUAUAACCACUGUCUUCAGCCAUUCUCAGACUGUGGUGGUGUGUGGAAACUGCCAGACGGUGCUAUGUCAGCCUACCGGUGGCAAGGCUAGACUCACCGAAGGGUGCUCUUUCAGGAGGAAGGGUGACUGAUGAAGAUGGCGGUGUUGCCGUUUUACCCUUUUUCGAGUUGAGACGGGGGCUAUUGCUUGCAAACAAGGGUAAUGUUUUUGAUGUGUUUUUGUUUACUUCGUUUCUUUUAAUCGAUAUGCAGCCUUUUUAGCGUUUUUGGAAACUCUUAUUCUAUGUAAUGCUGCUGGAAAUUCUGGAUUUUUGUUAAAUUUAUAUCAAUGUUCCCAUCUUGUUUGA